UUUUCCAAAAUGGCGGUGCCCUUCUUAGAAUGGGCUCUGCUGUUUAUCUCUUGAUACCAAUUUCAUCUUAAAAGUGGACCUACUUCAGACCGAUUGGAUUCAGUUAGUAAAACACGAAGGAUUCAUGUUAAAGGAGUCCAAGGACACUAUGGCGUCCAUCACGGGCCAAGCGUUUCUGGACCACAUCAAACCUUGUUGGUACUGGGACAAGAAGGACCUGGCCCAUACGCCCUCCCAGUCGGAGGGUCUUGAUUGCGGCAUUGAGGCCCGCUACCGGAGGGAAGGCGCCCGCUUUAUAUUCGACGUGGGAACCCGACUUGGCCUACAUUAUGAUACGCUGGCAACAGGCAUCAUCUACUUUCAUCGCUUCUACAUGUUCCACUCCUUCAAACAAUUCCCCCGAUACGUAACGGGUGGCUGCUGCCUUUUCCUGGCCGGGAAGGUGGAGGAGACGCCCAAGAAGUGUAAGGACAUCAUCAAGACGGCCCGCAGCCUGCUCAACGACGUGCAGUUCGCCCAGUUUGGAGAUGACCCCAAGGAGGAGGUGAUGGUGCUUGAGAGGAUCCUUCUGCAGACCAUCAAGUUUGACCUGCAGGUGGAGCACCCCUACAUGUUCCUGCUUCGCUACGUCAAGCAGCUCAAAGGGGACAAAAGUAAGGUGUGCAAAGUGCUGCAGAUGGCAUGGACCUUUGUCAACGACAGCCUGUGCACCAUGCUGUCGGUCCAGUGGGAGCCCGAGAUCAUCGCCGUGGCCGUCAUGUACCUGGCAGGCCGCCUCUCCAAGUUCGACCUCCAGGGCUGGGUCUCGAAGCAGUCGUCGCGCCGCUGGUGGGAGCAGUUCGUCCAGGACGUGCCCGUGGAGCUGCUGGAAGACAUCUGCCACCAGAUCCUGGACCUGUACUCGCAAGGCAACAAGCCCAUCCCCCAGCAGAUCCAGGAGAAGGAGCGCGCCCACCCCCAGCCCCAGCCCCCCUCCCUGGCUCCCCCAGCCCCGCAGGCACCCCCGCCCGGGGCCAACCCACCACUGCCCCCACAGCCCAAGAAGACCUCGCCCCAGGGCGCCAGUCCCGCCCUCCCACUCAAACGGCCCCACGUGUCCCCAAAAGAUGAACCCAAAGCUCCAGAACCUGUUGGCCUAAAGAUCCCUCGCCUGGAGAGCCCCCAGCCCCCCCAGCCCCCCCUGCCCACCUCCCAGCCCCCCCCAGAGCGCCCGGCCCCGGCCCCGCCCACCGAGCCCGAGCCGGUCCCCGAGGAGGCCCCGCCUCCCCCGGCCGUCCCGCCCCCCCUCCCCCACCGCCCGCCGCCCCCGCCCCCCUCCAACUACAUCAUGUCCACCACCAGCUCCUACAUGUCGGGCGAGGGCUUCCAGAGCCUGCAGUCCCUGAUGAAGACGGAGGCGCCCGCCUACGCCCCGCCCAUGCCCCCCGCCUACGGACACCCCAUGCCCCCCUACCACGCCUACCCGCCGCCCAACGCCCCCCCGCCGGGACCCCCCCCUCCCCCCACCUCCUACCCCCCCUCCAUGCCGCCGGCCUUCCCCCCGCCCGGCUACAACCACAGCUACCCGCCCCCGCCGCCCCGGAUGCCCCUGGGCCACGAGUACCCGCCCCCCCCCGGUCACGACUACCCCCCCCUCCAGGGUCACGACUACGCCCCCCACCAGGGACUGGAGUACGCCCAGCACCAGGGACUGGAGUACGCCCAGCUCCCGGGACACGAGUACGCCCCGCCGGGGCACGAAUACGCCCCGCCCCCGGGUCAUGAGUAUGCCCCGCCCCCCGGUCACGAGUAUGCUCCGCCUCCGCUGGGGAUCCCAGGGUACCACCCCCCACCUCUGCCGGGACAGCCCGGCGGCAUGCCCAUGAACCACGGCUGGUUGAGAUGAGAGAGCGAGAGAGACACAGAGAGAGAGAAAAGAGAGAGAGACAGACGGAGAGAGAGAGAGGGAAGAAAGGGGGGAGAGAGAGGAGCAUGGGAGAGAGAGAAAGUAGCAGGGGGGAGAGAGGAGCAGGGGAGGGAGAGAGAGGACCAGGGGAGAGAGAGAGGACCAGGGGAGAGAGAGGGUACAACAGACGUGACAGAGACAGGGUCCAACUGCACCAAACCCGUUAGGGACCUUAAAGCAUGGCAGCUGAAAUGUUCCAGAAUUUCAUAACGGACCCCCCCCCCCCCCCACUCGGCUGGCAUCCCAAUGCGCAGUGGGAAUUAUUUUUGCUUACGAUUUAUUUUUUAUGAGAUAAAGCCAUAAUAUGUGACGGACACACUCGGUUUGUAAGACUGUAAACCCGUUGCCGUACUAUUGGCGGUGCAUAUUGUUUUGAAUGGAAGACGUAGAAAUGGCUAUACUUACAAAGGAGAAAUUGUUUCGCGCCCCCGUUUGAGUGUUUCAGCAUUAUUGUUUCAACCCAUCUCAGAUUAGGUUUUAAAUAAAAGUUUUUUACUAGUUCCCUGCGCAUUUCUUUCUUUUGACUUUUUCAGACUCGACUUUUAUGUUAUCGAACGUGAAAUGUAUUUGAGUUUUUUUUUUUUUUUUGCUUUCAACAUUCCACCUUAUAGCAGUGAUUUUCUUUUUUGUUCUUCAUACAGCUAAACGUGUGCUUUCUGCAGAGGAAGAUAAGCUAUUAGACGUAUUCAUUUCAAUCCAUUAUUAUAGACAUGUCGGGAUGCUUUCCAUGGUUUGAGUUGAGCUGCAGGGGACAGUGCUAUAUGAGUAACCAAACUUGAAGCUGUCAUUAAAUCAUCCAUGCCUAAAACUGGAUGGCCCAA